AUGUGGUCUCCUGAGCGAAAUUUCAACGUGUCUACAAAAGAAAAUAUCGAAGUGCCUUCAACACCCAGCCAUGGAAAAUGGUAUGGGCCACGUACGCCGCAAACAGAGCGACGAUCUAGCUCGCCAAGGGAAAGCCCGCGAUUGAGCUUAACCAUGUUCGCGACGACUCCACGAAUUUCAUUUGGAAAGGUUAAAAUUGGUUGCAGUAAAGUUAAGCGAGUAGUAAUCGAGAAUCCAUUGAGCAUUGCACAAAGUUUACACUUGGAUAAAUGGCCAGAAAGCAAGGGAUUUACAAUUUUGCAGCCAGUUGAACAUGGUGAGGCAUUUCAAAAUUCUGUUUUGGAACUGUCAGUAGAAUUUAUAAUACCUGGCAUGAGUGAAAUGGAUUUGCCAAUCAUGUGGAAGCCAAAUGCUGAAGGGAGUUAUAGAGAGCUGGUUACGCUGUAUCUUGGCGAUUUCAAUCGUUUGAAUCUGAUUGUGUUCGGAUAUGCUGUUGAUAUGGCAGCUAAGCCUGUAAAACCAAAGGUAGGAUCAGGCUAGGAUUUAAUAGAAUUGAAGUUAGGAUCAGGGUAGGAUUUAAUAGGAUCAGAGUUAGGAUCAGGAUAGAAUUAGGAUCAGAGGUGAGGAUUGGGAUCACAGUUAAGAUUAGAGGUGAGGAUUAGGAUCAGGGUAGAAUUAGGAUCAGAAGUGGGAUUGGGGUCAGAGUUAGGAUCAGAGGUGAGGAUUAGGGUUGGGUCACACUGCACAACAAUAAAGAUACAUUAACUUGUAUACAUGCUGUGAAGUGAUUGGUAAAAAAUUUAUUGUUAUCGUCCAGCUGAAAAAAAAAUCGCUCGGGUGAGUGAUUUUAAAAUCGCUAUCGUCAAACGAUAAUUUUUUGUUGAGGUGUCGAAACCAACAUAAUUUUUUUGACCAACAGUGUGUGUAUACAAGUUAUCAUAUCAUUAUGUAGUGUGACCUGGGCCUAAUAGGAUCGGGUUAGGAUCAGGGUAGGAUUAGGGUCAGAGUUAAAUUAGCAUUAGGAUCAGAGGUGACGAUUAGGUUGACAUGUAUAAACUUAUAAACUUACUAAGGGUUGGGAAUGUAGGGAAUUAAGUGGUUGAAUAGUUUAUAUAUGAUAGAAAUCACAUGUUACAGUAUUUAGAUUGUGGUUAAAAUUUAAUAUCAUUGAAUAACGGUUAAGUAUACUAUCAAAAAACAGCAUGAAAUAUUUAACCGCACUUUCCUGGUGCGACAGACUAUAAAGUACUCUUGAACAUUCAUGUCUGCAGGCUCAAUUUAGGCAAGGACUCUGAUACUACCAAUGUGUAUGCACCUUCCAAAUAUUUAGAACUGAUCAAUAUUAACCCACUGAGUUGCAGCACUCUCUACUUGACAAGUAAAAUCCUCUGGCAUAUUAGAUAGAGUAAAAUAAUAAAGUAGGGCGCAUCUUGGCGCAUUGCCAUUUAAAGGGUUAACAGGGUGCAUGGGCAGAUAGUUUGAUUAACCCACUGAGUUGCAACUGUAUAAUUAUGUACUUCUGAAGGCCAUCAACAAAUAGUUUUGUCCUGCAAUCACCCCUCCCCUUUUUCUGCAAACUUGAAUCCCCCCUGAAAAUUUUCACAAUUAAUGCUUACCAAAGGAACUGUGCAAUUCUUACUAAUGGGAUAUUUCAGCGGAGCCGUGAUGUUACAGCAUUAGCCAUUAUUUAGGGCUGCUGCUGGCCCACAUAGGGGCUGUUAUUUAUAUGGAAGCCAGGCUAGCUCACUUAGCAAGACAGCCUGGUAGGCAGGAUGAAUUUCUCUUGUGUUUAUACGAGAAAAUUUCGUUCCGCUUGCCGGGACAAUUUUGUUUUUUUGACAGUUGUUAAAAAUAGCUUGCGGUGGCCAGCCCGCUUGUGAGUGUUUAUAUGGAGAAAUUUUUAUCCGGUAAGCGAGAUCUUGCCUCUUUCAAGCGAGAACUCGGCAACCGGGCCAGCUGCCUUGUCCAAAUACAAAUGGUUUUAAACACACAGUAAUUUUUAUUAUUAUUAAAUUAAAAUAACUACACCGCGAGAUCUCUCUUACCGGGCUGUCUCUCUAAGUGUUAGUGGGCCAGCUUAGCUUCCAUAUGAACAGCCCCUUAUUAUAUAUACUGUACCUUACACUACAAAAUGAACAUCCAAUUAAAAUGGUUUCCUCAACCACGCCCAAAAUAGUUGCACCCAUUUUAAGACCACACCCUAUCUCAUAUAAUGUGUUACUUUUAAUUAAUAUAUACUUGUGAAAUUGAUUCCCUCAAUGUAACCCAUUAUAAAAUACACAGUCAAGAAUCACUCAAUAAUAAGCAAAAAUAAUUGAAUUAGAGAGUAAAAUAAUUCGGAUUGAAUAAACUGUCCAUUGACAGAUGAAAACAAUGUUACCAGAAGAUAUCAGAAAAGGUGCAGCGUUCUCAUCUCAAAAACGCAAGAUUUCAAAGAUGGACAAACAAUCAACAAGCAGCAUGAAGUCAAAACGCAUUCUGCGAGAGAGUAAUGCAGGCCUACCUGAACCAAAGUCUUCACUAGCACUAGGGAACAGUGCGGCUACAGUGGUGAAACCAAUCAUAAAGUCAGAAAGUAAACUUAAAGGUUUGUAGAAAGUCUACAAUAUAUCCCAAUAUAAUCAUUGGAGUAGUGACGUACGUGCACAGGGACGGAUCUAUACCGUGGGGAUGCGCACCCCACCUACCUAGUGGUGUCUAGCACCCCCCCCCCCCAGAGAAGUCCAGCAACCGCCCUAAAAAAUCUGUUUUACCAUACAUAUUCUGCUUUUCGAAUAGACCGAUUCCAGCUUUUAGUAAUAUAUGCAGCGGGCAGAGUGGAUGGGAAGUAAGGUAUCAUACUGCUGAUUAUGCUAAAAAAAAAUAAAAAUGGUGGCCGUGUAAACACGGAGUGAUAGCUUAUAGUUAGUUAUAUUUGUAAAUAUUGAAAUAUUUCGGUUGUUUUGGCAGUUUUUAUUGGAAAAUUUUCAGCAUAAUCAGCAAGAUGAUACCUUACUUCCCGUCACCCCAUGCGCGCAUAAAUUGAAAGCUGGAACGGCCUGUAGCGAUUAGCGGAACUUCCACUGUUAGCGCGUGUCGAUUUCUUGAAACGUCAAUUUCAUUGAUUUGUCAAAAUAUUCAGAAUGCUUUAUCAUAGUUAAAUAUGUGAGCAUGUCGAGGUUGUUAUACAGCCGUAUUUUCAAAUAUACUGUACUGUACUACAACAACUGUCCAUUCACGCAUACGUGAUAAAAAGCCGAAAUAAACUUCAUAUUAGACAAAAGAAAAUGUAAAACGUAUUAAAGGCACAGUUCAGCCUUUUGAACGAUGGUUUUUAAGGCGCAUUUCAGCCCUGUUAAUUGAAAAAACUAACUAGGAAAAUCAAUUAAGCAUAAUUCAAGAUCGGCAAACUUAAUGUUUUUAACAUUUUAAAACAUUUUUAUUGUUAAAAACAUUGAGUUUACUGAUCUUGAAUUGUGUAUAAUUGAUUUUCCUAGUUAGUUUUUUCAAUUAAAAGGGUUGAAAUGCGCCUUAAAAACCAUCGUUCAAAAGGCUGAAUUGUGCCUUUAACGCAACAGAACGGCGAACAUGCAGAUUCGGCCAUCUCAAAUAAUGGAAAUGUUGGGAUAGUAGCGUUGCAGACUUCAGAGGAGAGUGGGCAGGAAGGCUCCCUCGUGCAGAGGAGCCUAGAACCGUCCCUGGACGUGUAGCUAAAAAUCUUGAAUAAUAACACACCGCGUGAAUGUGCCUCGAUACAACCACAUACGGUGGUUAGAGCACUGCACCGGAAUCGCAUGGUCCCAGCUACACCCGGUUAGGUCUUUGAGUUCAUUUAUAUUCUGGUAUAUUAUAAACAGGGAAGCAUAACACAUCGCGGAAAUUCAAAGCAAAAGUUGCGUCGAAAGGAGUGGCUCCCUCACGACUAAGGCUGACAAAACACUUGACGACUGAACGAAGUUUGCCGCGACAUCCGUUACCUUAUGCCGCAAAGAAUAUGUACUACGAUGAAAAAUGGAUGGAGAAACAGGAGAGAGGUAUAUGGGAAUACUUUUCAAUUAUUCAAUUACAAUUACGUCAGAUAAAUUCUGUAUAUUCGCCCGGGCAGAUUUACGGAUCGCAAAUUAGAGAGUUUAAGCUUUGCGUUAUACGGCAAAUGGCAAACGCCAGGCAAAGAACAUUUUUACGGUAUCCGAGGCAAUAAAGAGUAAAUGAACUUGCUGUUUUAAAACUGCAAUGCAUGAUUAUUCUUUCGAAACAAGAAAGAAAAUAUGAAACGAAAACAUUCAACGAAAAUUUUGCGAAGAAAGUUCGAACCAUGCAUGUCGUUUGCCGUUCCCGGAAACGCGAAGCUUAAACUCCCUAUUAUUUAAUCCUCGCAAUUUUCGACGGUAAUUUUUUGCCGCCGCGACCGGAAUAUUUGUCGCCUUCGCAUGAUCGCUGGUCUCAAUCACAAUGUAUGUGAAAGUGGAACAAGGUUUUCUAUCAUCAGUAGAGUCAAGAGAAUGCUGUAAAAAACAUUCGGUUCUAAUCUCUGUCAAAGACAUUAACAACAUGCAAGUAAAUACAUUAUUAUGCUGAUGUAUCUUCAAAUUGUCAUUUUGAAACAAAACAAAAAAAUUGCCGCCGAACUUGGAAAUACUGUAUCGACGGCAAUUUUUUGCCUCGAAGAUUUAUCCUGAAAAUUGCGAGGACUAUUUCUGAUUUAAGCAUGCGCUAAAUAUUCAAAGUCCUGCAUGGGCCGGACUAAGCGCUAAGCCUAUAACUGUGGGUUCAGUUUAACCCGUUGCUUUAGUUUAUGUAUAUCUGUACGUCUGUUCAUUUCGAAACUUUGGUCUUUCUAUUAUUUAAUUGAAAAUACGGUCUUAAGUCUUUCUAAUGUUUAAUUGAAAAUAUACAUGUACGCUGAAAUAAAGCAUCAGAUGACCUGCAUCUUCUCUUAUUUUGCUAAAUUUUAGGUUUCGUUCAAUGGCUCAAUUAUGUUUUGACUCCUCCUGAUGAACUAACUACGGAAGGUACAGUAGAGACCGUUAAUAUAUAUAUAGCGGCAGCCUAGACCUAGGCCUUUUAUACUCGGCUGGUAAUUAUCGCAAUGGUCAUUUGCCUCCAUAACUUUGUGAUCCGAAAUUGAUGAGAAACUAACAACUAAAGCAAAUUUUAUGACUAGACUAAGUUCUAUUUUGUAGUAAUAUUUUGACUCAUUUUGACCUAAUUCGCAACAUAAUAAUAGUGUUGCUUCAAACUUUAUGAUAAAAAAACCGAUUUUCUAGGCGUGUAUACAAAUAAAAAUAGUAAGUUUAUACUAUAAAUGAGUUUAUUUUACCUGUAUCGGUUUAAAUUCGCUGUUAAGUUGCAAAUAAUUCUGUUUGAGAACGCAAUAAUUGGGCAUUUCGCAACCAGGGCAGUUUCAGGGCAGUUUUGGCCUUGUUGUAGGGAUGGGCCGAUAUCGAUACCAAAUACUCGAUACUAUCGAUACCAGGGUUUUGAAGAAAAGUAUCGAUACUGGCAAGAAAUAUCGAUGUUUCGAUAUUUCUGCGCCUGCGCUAUUUUUUCAUUUUGGUCAGCGGCAUCAUCAUGAAAAUGAUACCAAAAAGCCAACAAAAAGCCUAAAUAGGCGUAAAUACUAGAAAAAUAGUUCAUUUUCUAUGGUGCUAUAAUGGUCCACGGGCAGGAUGGGAGUUUCUGGUUAUGUUGGUUGCAAUCACUGACAUAUAUUAUUCAAUGUUUAUAUUGUUGCCGUUGUUAAUGAUUAAAAAUAGUCUUUUUGUUGUUAUGGUUCUUCGAGUUGGGAAAAUACCGAUAUCGGUAUCGAUAUCGAAAAAAAACUGCAAAUAUCGAGGAAAUAUCGUAUCGAAUGAAAAAGCUGGUAUCGCCCAUCCCUACCUUGUUGUUGGGAAAUCCACUAGGCCUUUUAUUUUUUCGCUUGCGUCAUCCUCCGCCCCGCCCCCAAAUCACCUAGUCCCAGUCUUUUCAUGUGAAAAAGCGCUGAAUAUUAAAAAAAAAACACAAUAAAAAUAGAAGGCCUAGGUCUAGGCUGAUAUAGCGGGUCUAUACAACGCGACAACAGAAGGGUGCGCGCGCCUUUGAAGGGUGCGCGCGCCUUUUACCAGCCGUUCCGCACGUUGUAACCAAUAAUCUAUUGGCGUUGUAUGCAAUAAAGUAUUGGGUUGUAAUGUGUCUACACCACUGAAAUGAAUAUAACUGGAAUGCUACCUUCAGAUAAAUUGCCUAUCUUUAACUUGAAGCCAAAUUUUACCUCCUUUAAUUCUUGGACCAAUGGUCCCGUGGUCCGAAACUUUUUCAUGCACCCUGCGGAAACUAUUAUUAAUUUAAAUGGAUAUUGAAGGUUAUAACUCUUUAUAUUUAUUGCAUGCCUAGUUUUGACAACCUCUGUCUAGUUAACGAUUGCGUAUGCUGCCUCAUUAUAUUAAUUAUGUGGAUAUGAAACGUUUGUUGGUCAAAUCUGUUGAAUGAAAUUUUCAACUUAUUUAGUUCAAUCGACAAGUUCGUGCAUAUUUUCCAACCAUGAGACAACGGGUCGUCAACAGCACCUCGCGCCAACAAGAGAAGUGUUAUCAUUGCGUGCUUAUACGGCGAAAAGAAAGAUGGCGCGACUACGACGCAGUGCAUGUCUACUGUAUCAGUCACAACCUGUCGCAUUUGUAGCCAAAACAGUCGAAGGAGAAGUGGAGAAGAAUAGAUUGUCGAUACGAGCAGAUAAACAUUUCCAUCAAGAUUUAGGUAAAAUGUUGGGUUUUUUAUUCUGAUACUAUAGUUUGCGCAAAUGGUAUAGUUUGCGGAGGUUAUAAGCCCUAACGUUCUAAAGUAGGCAAGACGUCUGCACCUCCCUUAAAUAUUUUCCCCCAGUACCUGCACCAAAAUCUGGUCUUGCCAUGAUGGUCGUUUCUGGCGGUUUCCAAUUUGAAGAUACCUGUAUACGCCCACAUUCUAAAAGCUCACUCACACUCAAUGAGUGGAGGUUCAAUCUGAGCUUCUCUUGAGUGUCAGUGCUGUUUUUGAAUAGCUGGAGGGUUAGUGUCGUACCUUAUUCGGUGACUACUCACCCUCCAGCUAUUCAAAAACAGCAUUGACACUCAAGAGAAGCUUAGAUUGAACCUCCACUCAUUGAGUGUGAGUGUGAGUGAGCUUUUAGAAUACGGGCGAUACUCUUGAAACUUCAGGUUUUUGGCGUAAAAAUGCUGGUCUCAACAUUAGCCGCAUUUUUGAACGGUAUUUCGUAGCCUGGUCAUCUGCGAUGAUGAAAUAGUUAGACCUGUUUCUCUCCCAGCAUAAAUGAUCUCAUCUUUUUAUUUCCAGGCAUCAAAGAGACAAUGGUAAAAAUGUUGUUAUCUUAUAACACAUUGUGGCUCCGCAUUGGUCUUGAGGUAAAUUUACAGUUAUUUUUAAAAGAACUAUUUCUACAAUAUAAGACCUACAUGGCUGCUCGUUUGCUGUAUACGUUGUACCAAUCUAGAGGGCCACGCCGUUGCUCCUGACCGUUGCUUUUUCAAUACUCCUUAACUUUUAAAAGAGGAGAUUGCAACAACGCCUGCGUUGACAACGGUAUAUAAGAGGAAUGCUUUCACCAAACAUCGUGGGUUUUCUAGAGAGUUUGGUUGGCUCUUACUCUGAACCGCUAGGAAUUGAAGUUUGGAAAUGAUAUAGCUAUACUCAGCUAGAAUUCAUAUUCUCAGUUAAGCAAUUAUAAUCCAAUAUUUGUUUAGUUUCUAAAGUUGAAUUUGUUUGACAUAAAUCUGUAUUUUUUAUUGUAUACAUAUAGUCAAUUUAAUGUGUUUUGCUUAAUGGGAAUCUCAAAAUUAAUCAACAUUUAUUUUAGACGUUAGGAAUUGAAGUUUGAAAAUGAUAUAGCUACAGUAUAUAAUCCAAUAUUUGUUUAGUUGAAUUUUUUUUACAUAAAUCUGUAUUUUUUAUUGUAUAUAUAAUCAAUUUACUAUGCUUUGGUUAUGGGAAUUUCAAAUCAACAUUUAUUUUAGACAAUCUAUGGCGAGGUCUUACCACUGCAGUCAAACAACGACUUCGUUGGUCUGAAACGAUUCUUGAAGAAACGCUUUUUGGCCAACCCUGACAUUUGUAAAGAAUAUCGUCAUGCAACAGUGGCCGAAGCUUAUCGCCCUGGUAAAUUUUAGGAAAAAUUCUAAUUUUUAUAAUACUUGUGCUUCGUUUAUGACUAUACUUGAAAUCUUAACUGGCACGACAAGAUGGCGUUUUAGGAGGUCACACGUGUAAUGUUUAGUGCACUUAGUGUGAAGUGGCAGGCAUAGAUACAAAAUAAACGUAGGAGUACACUCAAAAAGAAAAAAAACAGUGCAAUACUCUGAAACUAAUCGCUCCUCGCUUGCAUUCACUGAUUUACUGGAGCAAUUGUAAAGUUUGGAAACUCUAUUAUCUCCCCUGAAUAGAGUUUUCAGUGCCUUGUCAUGCAAAUAGCUUGCUUGCAAGGAACGUUUGGAAUUUUUACAAACAUUAUUUUUAGUUUUUAAUUCUCUUAGGAAAUAGACUUGCCUAGAUUUAAUCUUUACACCCCAAAUAUUAUUUACAUUGGAGUUGCAUUAUAAAUUGUACUCGGAUUCAAACGAUACAAUGUCAAUGACUUUAUAAAAGUAAAAGCAUAUUGUGUAUUGGCCUAUUGGGUUUACACUUUUACAGGUUCAUUUAACUUUAACUCUCUCAAGUCUCAACAGACAAUCGGACAUGCCAAAUCCAUUGAUAUGACAACUUCAAAAAACUUUUUUUCGAAGCUAGAAAUCAUGAUUUUUUUCAAAUUUUUCCAGGGAUACUUUGUUUUCUGCUCUCUAGACUCCCCCUCGCUGCUCUAGUGCUCCACCCCUAGAAUAUAGACCUUACUGGGAUUUGGUGACACUUUGUGUUGCUUCAGUCACCUGCUCACGGCUCACCCCCCCACCCCUAAAAUUUCUGGCACCACCCCAGUAAAAAAUACGAAAAUCCGUCUAUGGUGGCAGCUCCCAGGUUGAACGUCUUGGCAGGAUCUUACCAGAUCUUGACUUGAUGGGAUCUUGCCAAGAUCGUUUCAAAAAAUAUUCUCCGCAGGAUCUUACGAUGAUCUUACCAAGAUUUUCCUAUUUUCUUUCCAGAUCUUGCAACAUUCUAAAAAGAAAAUUUGAAUACUUUUGUUCUAAAGAUCUUACCAAUAUUUUCUUUCGAAGAUCUUGGAACAUUGUGUUAAGAAAAUUUGAAUACUUUUUUUCUAAAGAUCUUGGCAUGAUCUUACCAAGAUUUUGGCAAGAUUUCAUCACAAUCUUGGCAUGAUUGUACCAAACUUAUAGCAGGGUUUAGACAAGAUCAUGGUAUAUCUCGGCAUGCAAGAUUGUCAGAUUGAUUGAUUUGAUUGAUUGAUUUGAUUGUCAGCCUGGGAGUGAUGGCAUGUGCAUGAGAAAAAUGUUUCCAGUUUGAUUGGACCAGACAUCGCAUAAAUUAAUUAACCUCUAUGGAGAGAAGUUUAGAACUGAUAAAACUAUCGGAUCCGGAUUUUCUACGGGUACUCGACUUUAAUCUCUUCCUUCAGUUUCAAUAACACUGGACUAUAGAGAGUAAGCAAUGAUCCUUACUGGAUCUCUAUAGGGAAAACAGUUAAAAUAUGAAUAAAUCUAGUACAUGCUUCUUGAUUUUCCAAAGUGCUAACAGGUUAAACAACUAUAGCCGGGGACACAAAGAUGACAAAAAUUGCGUGCCAAUGACCGUAUUCCAGUAUAAAACAAUCUAUUCUACCUUUUUGUCGCUCAGGUUACUAUGAAGCACUUAAGAAGUUCACUUUGAAGAAAUUCCUCUUGCUUAUUCUGUUCCUGGACAAAGCAAAGUUGACGCGUUUGAUAGACCAUGAUCCGUGUCUGUUCAACAAAGACGCUGGAUUCAAGGUAUUUAUAUUACACGCUAUCAUUUUUAGUUUUCCAAAUUGUUAAACAGGCUGCUUCUUCUUUUUAUCGGUUCGGGACAUUUGUUGGUGCCAAAUGUGCACAUUCACCCAAGCUUUGUGACAAGAACAAUUCAACACUCUACCGAAUGUUGUCAGAAAAUGUCGACGGGGUAGAAAUUCAUCACUCCAUUAAUUAGUUUUAGCUACAGCUAAGUGUAUACGUACCGUGCAUUAAUUUAUUAAAAACGUUUUAUUAUUGUUGUUUAUAGAGUAGCCGCUUAUUACUCCUGACAUUUUCGAGAGAUUAUUUAAAAGGCGAAGGAGAUGUGACGAAACAUCUUGGUCUACUGAACUACACUGUUACUCAUGAACAGGUUCGAAAUUUCUUUGACAACAUAGACUGUCCUGGCAAAGCGGUAUCAUAUAAACAGCCCCUUAUUCAGCAAAUUGCGCAUGCUGCCUUUCAUUCCUUGGGGGUGAGGCAGCAUUUUCCUUGCGAUAGUAACUUCUAGUUUACUGCAUAAUGCGUACACAUGGGUUCAUGCUUCCGGAAAGUAGAUCAUUUUGGCUAUUGAGCCUCGUUUUCAUUUAUGUGACAUUAGAGACCUUACGAUUUUAGGACGGCAACGCGACGGCCAAAACAAACUCCUUCAAAUAAAUGGUAGUAAAGAUCGUUCGUCGUUUAUUAUCAAUCGUAUGAAUUUAAUACAGUUUUAGAAGUUGAAGACAUUGGUUUUAUGUUUGGGAAGAGUUCUGCUAAACCCAGUUUAAAGUUGUACUUGUGGCUUGGAAUGCAGCCGUUGUAUCAAGACGUGAAAAUCUGUGAUUUAGCGUUGUAAACAGAGCGAGGACAAUGUCUAAAUUAUUCAUAUAAUAUUGUAAUUACUCAAUUCUUUUCAAUGAUCUAUUGUAUUGGUAGCCGUUGCCGUCCUAAAAUCGUAAGGUCUCUAUUAGUUAAAUCACGAAAACGAGACUUCAUAACUAAGAUGACGUACAUGCCUUCAUAAAAUGGCCUCGACAACUGGCCUCUGUUGCUCAGUUGGUUAGAGCGUAGCCUGCAUGGCAGGCGGUCCCUAAAAUCGGGCAAGCCAGGGAAAUGGUUGGAGCGCUGCACCGCACCUGUUGUUGGUAACUAAGGUCUAAUAAAUGUAUAUAAAUUUCCACUCGAUAAUUUCCAUCUAUACAAUACCCUUCAACUAUUAUUCAAACGAAUGAGAUGCCAUCAAGAUCUUGAUUUACAGUACCCAUGCUUUCCAUAAGCGUGUAUUGUGAAUUCGUUAAUCUAAUAUACUGUGUGGACUAUGUCUAGGCCCCUCUUGAUGAAAUGGACUAUGCCGUUACAAACUUGGCAGUUGAUCUACGAGAUGGUUUGCGAGUAACGUAAGUUAGUUUUUUCUCACUUUUGUACUUCUUAGUGUUUUUAACAGCGUUCGUUCAACCCCUUUUCAUCAUAUUUAUAGGCGAGUGAUUGAACUUCUGACGCAAAACUGGCGUCUCUCUGCUAAUUUACGUGUUCCUGCAAUCAGCAGGCUACAGGUAUGUGAUAUGUCAUGCACCUUGAUGUUACCUAGAAAGAACUUAAGCCUGGUUUUCACUAUCAAAGUUUCUGUGAUCACAGUAUGAUUUUGCAUUGGGUAAAUUCUAAGUUUUGAAGGAUUUGUAAGAAGUGUUUGAGGAACUGACUUCGUGUUAAACGUUGAAUCAGUUCCUCAAACAUUUCUUACAAACCUUCACUAAAACUUAGAAUUUACCGAUGCAAAAUUCUUACUGUGAUCACAGAAACUUUGAUAGUGUAAACCAGGCUUUAGGAUCCCAGAAACAAAUACAUUAUUUCCUGCUGUGAUAUAAACUGUCACCCAGUCCCAUACCCACAUUUUAUUCGACGUUUUUGUGAAUAUACUACAGGCGUUAUACGCGUACAAUAAUUAUCACUUAUUUACUGAGACCGAGGGAAACAGUGUGUUUUGUGGACCCGAGACCGUCGAUGUUUCCCGAGGCGAAGCCGAGGGAAACAUCGACGGUCGAGGGUCCACAAAACACACUGCUUUCCCGAGGUCUCAGUAAAUAAGUGUUUUAUUAUAUAUCAAUAGUCAAAGAAACAGCAAAUUCAAGAACAAAUGAACGUAAAUACAUGAAAUAUUUUAUUGUUAAAACGUUAUAUUAAUUUAAACACUGGCUACACUGCAGUUACUUAAAGCGAAAGUUUUAAUUACGUACUAGGCAUGUCCAAAGGUCGCAUCUUCACGUGAUGGCGCACGUGAUUUUUUUUUAUAUUCGCCGGUCGAUAACGUAUUAUCUCCCUCUCGCGCUGUUGCGAGGGAGACAGCCUAAUUUCGUCACUCUCACGUGAUAUGCUCUCAACCAAUAAAACACUAGAAAAAUGCGACUUUAACUAUUGAUAUAUAAUAAUACAUCAUGUUUGUGAUGUUACUAUGAGUGUGUAUCCACACCGGGCAAGCUUGAAAAUAUGCCUGGCCACGGUGGGAAUCAUCACAUAUACUCGAACCAACCUGACCGCGUAGCUCAGUUGGCAGAGCAUUGGGCUAGUAUUCCAAAGGUCGUAGGUUCGAUUCCCACCGUGGCCAGGCAUAUUUUCAAGCUUGCCCGGUGUGGAUACACACUCAGAGCACCGAGCUCAGAGUAACAUCACAAACAUCAUAUUCACCUGAGUACACAACAUCAACACAGCAAAUAAUAAUACAUCAUGUUAUGAAAAAUGAUGUCAUUUCCCUUUUUCGCACAUAUUAAAUUAUAAUUGCCUUUCGAAACUUUUUCAGAAAAUCCACAACGUAGAUGUGGCACUGAAUGCUUUAAAAGAGAAAGGUGUUCUUUCAGAAGAGGAAUUGAAUUCUGUGAACCCUCGCCAUAUUGUAGAUGGUCAUCGCGAGAAAACAUUGUCCCUACUCUGGAUGAUUAUAUUACAUUUCCAGGUAAAAGGGUCAUGGUCAAUAAUUACCGUAAACUUAUCGCUACUGGGUAUUAGCCAGAAGAUUAAAAAAUUCCGAUAAUUUAAUGAAAUUUGGAAUUUCAGUUAGCCUGCGACAUUCAGACCGGAGUUAAGGAAUAUUGUGUUUCUUAAGUGACGUUCUCGUGGCCUAGCGCCAAUCUGAGCUAAAUUGAAACUUUUGAAGUCACCUGACAUUGUUUUGCGUACUAAAACAGACAAAUAUAUAUUUCAGGCUACAUGACAUCCUCGCAACACUUUACUGGUACACAAUUCUUGAGCAAAAUUUUGAAGUUGAACAAUUUUUUAUAUAUAUAAUAGUUACGUUUUUGGCUGAUCUAAAUUGUGAAAUUGCUGGCUGAACGCAACUGUGAAAAAUAACGCCGAAUUUUUUACCCUGUACUAUAGCUACCGUUUAGAUCGUUUGCUGGUUUGUUCGUUCUUAAGCCCUGCCCCUGGUCAAAUGCGUAUGGGAGUUGAUGAUAGUUGGCCAGUGAAAGUUUGUACAAAAGUUUUCUCAGCUCUGGUGGCCUUGAUCAAACGAGAACAAGAGUUGCAUAGAUUUGAUAAGAGUUGGCUGGGUAAUACUGUGCGUGCGUGGCCAGAACUCUCAUCAACUCUCGUGCAUCAAUUCUGAUUUUUGUUUGCAUGACUGUGGCUUAACUAUCAAGAACCACACAACAAGAAAUGAUCAACUCCCUUCCUUCUACCACAGGUGAACCAGGUUGUGAAUGAACAACAGAUCAAAGACGAAAUCGCAUUUCUGAAAAAAUACUACAUUCAGAGAAAGCCACAUUUCAAAGAAGCGAUAGUUGAACAUAAAGAUGAUGUUUAUUGUAAAUCUGAGAAAUUGAGUUUGUUAUUGGAAUGGUGUAGGUCCGUGUGUCGUUUGUUUGGUGUCAAGGUAAGUCUGGAAACCAACCACAACAGGCAAAUUCUAUAUAAACUCUGGAACUUUUAACUAGUGUAAGGUACUCGACUAGAGCAUGUAUCCCUUUUUUGAAAUGAUCCUUCAUUGCUUCAUCUGAACUUGUUAGCCAUUCGGUACAAUCCAUUUUCAAUGUUUUAUGGUGUGUGGAAUUCAACCUCGUACCCAGGGCCUGCCCGCCAGCCUUCAAUUCGCGGCUAGCCCUGGGUACGAGGUUGUGUGGAAUAUUGUACCAAUUCUAACACACUUUAUAAUUAAUAUAAUUUACAUACAAAAUUUAGUGCUGUACUCUGUAGUUUUAAUAAUAGAGGGGUUUAGAUUUGACUUCCACUAUAUGCCGCUACCUCCUCUAUCAUUAGGAGAUCAUUAACCAAUCAGAUGCGUUUGAUAUAUGCAAUUAACCAAUAAGAUGCGCAUUAAACCGGAAGUGGAAGUCAAAUCUGAACCUCUCUAUAUAUUGUCCAUUUAACAGAACCUCUUCAUUUCACAUUCAAGUACGCAUUCAUCCCCAAGGCUAACUUAUUUUCCAUUUAUCAUGUAUACCUUUUAUCAUGUAUUGACUGUGUAAUUCUUUACUCUGCUUUUUGUUGAUGUCGUCAUUACAUAGGUUGACAACUUUACAGUGUCAAUGUCAGAUGGUCGUGUGAUGUGUUACCUUCUACAUUACUACCACCCAUGCUUACUAAGAGAAGAAGAGAUCUGUCAAGAGACAACACAGACAUGUAAUCCUUACACAACAGAAGAGGACAGCAUCGAUGAUGAUAGUUUGAACGCCAAUGACGACAGUAUGGCUCUUGAUCAAGGUAUUUCAUUUUAAUAUAUAUGUUGAUAUAUAUUUAUGUAUUUGGAAGUUCAUAAGGCGCCGGCCGGGAAUUGGCUCAAGCUGCCAUUUCCUGUUUUAGUACUGACCAAAGAACAGCAAUAAAGGCAGAACGCUGGCAGUAUCUAUGAGUGAAACCUGUUUUGUUAAUCAUAUCUAGCUGUGUGAGUUGUUUGUAACUUCACUGGAAAACAUUUCUUGAAAGUGGUUUAGGCUUAUGAUUGCUUAGAGACACCUUCAAACUGGAUUGGAAACCCCUAGUUGAUCACUGGGAAAAAAUAGUUUAGUAUUUAUGUACAAAGUGAAGAGAAAUGAAUUACCAGAGAAUUUGAUGAACUUGUUUGAAAUUAAAAAUAACUGAACAUUAAUUAUAAUUUACGUAGCAACGGAAAUGAGUUUACUCUACAAAAGCCUAAAACAAAUUUUAUGAAAAAAAAGCAUUAGCUAUAAUGGUGCUAAAACAUGGAAUAAUUUACCGAGAUGUGUAAAAACAAGUGAUGCCACAAUUACUAAUUAGGCAAUUUAAGACUGCGCUUGAUCGUAUUAAACAUUAAAUGUAAAUGUAACUAAGGCCAGUCAGUUUUGCAUGGUUUUAUAUCUUUUAUAACUAGUAAUAGGUGUUUAGUUAAUGUGUGAUAUCUUUAUAACUUUAACAUUAUGUACAUGAAUUAUUAUGUAUUGCUUCCAUUUGUAAAUAUAGAUUACUAUAGUGUGAACGGCUCCUUGGAAAUCAAUAACCUAGGCGUGUUGAAGGAUAACCGUUGUAAAAUAAGAUUUUUAAUAAUAAAUAAAUAAUUUAUAAGCAAGCGAACAAGGUUGUGGAAUAUAGUAACUCUUCAUCAUAGAGUUGGAAAAGCAUGAUCUUUUUUAGAACUCUUCUUGACAACUCUCUUUGAAUAUCACUAAAUUAAUUUUUUGAAAGGUGAAUCAAGUCCAAAGCUUAGCCAACUUAAAGACAAUGAAAGAAGAAAUCAUGAAUUGCUACGCGAGAAGGUAUGGGUAUUUGUCACCAUAUAAGUUAUGCUUAAUGCUGAUCAAGAGAGAAAGAUCCAACAUGAGAAUCCUUUUUCGUAAUAUCCUUUAGGUCAAGGAGUUAGGAGGUGUUCCCUCUAUGCUGAGAUUCACAGAUUUGUCCUGCACAAUACCGGAUGAAAAGGUGUAGUAUUAAACAUUCUUGAUGAAUUGUCAUAGUUUGAACAGUACAGCGAUGGUGGUUGCAAUUUGGCUACCGUAUACCAUACCUGAUUAAUACACUAGACUGGAUAUGUCUCUUUGCAACAUUAUUCCUGAGAAUGACUGCUAUCAAUAUUAAAGGCAAUUGCAUGCCAUAAACCAAAUUUUCAUUUUUGUAUGUUGAAUUUGUUAUGAUUCGUAGGUGAUCAUCACAUAUACUUCCUAUCUGUGUGCGCGAUUAUUGGACUUGAGAUUGGAAGGUCGUGCGGCAAGAAUCGUUCAGUUGGCAUGGAGGAAAUAUCGUGAAGAAAAACAAGCCAAGGAAAUUAAGGUAAAAUACACCUUUAUACACGUUGAUUUACUUUGUUUUUGACGUCCUUUCUACAAUUGCGAUGUUCAAGAUUUUUUUUGUUUAUAUUUUUCAGAGAAUGAACCGAGCAGCUUCUGUUAUUCAGGUGAGCAUUCAGCCAGAAUCUUCAUUUCAUAAUGUCUCUGACUUUCUCACUGGCCUUAUCUCUUCUUACCAUGAGUCCCGUAGCAUCUCAGCCUUGCUUUCCUCACCUUCUCUGCAAUAUGUACCACGACACAUCUUCUGAUCUCUUCAUUCCGUAAUGUCUCUCUCCUUUGUAUCUUCUUUAUACUGCACGUCUGCAAACCAUCUCAGUCUUUUCUGUAUUGUCUACCACUCCACAUCUUGUUCUUUUAUUGCAUUUUUUCAAAUUAUUUUUAGAAAUGUGUCAGGAGGUUUUUGGAAAAACAACGGCAACAAAUCAUCUUACGUUCAACUAUAAUCAUCCAAGCUUACGUACGCGGUUACCAAGCUCGACGCGACCUGCUUCAUCGCCAACACGCAGCCGCAGUGAUUCAAUCAUACUAUCGCUCCUACCGUAUCACGCAGGAGACUCGGCACGAGUUUACCAACCUCAAACGAGCCACCUUAAGAGUACAGUCGCUAUAUCGUGGAAAGAUCGCAAGACGUCAUGUAUGGAGGAUUAAAGCUGCUCGAGUGAUACAGUCACACUUGCGUGGUUACAUGGCUAGACGGGAAUUGUUGGCGCGAAAACAGGCCGCUGUUGUUCUCGAAGCCGAAGUGAGAAAGUUUUUAGCAAAACGUCGUUAUCAAAGGCUUAAAACGGCUUCUGUGGUUAUACAGCGUCGAUACAGAGCUAAAUUACUAACUGUAGAAACUAGAAGAGAUUUUCUCAAUUUGAAACAAGUUGUAACGAGUUUGCAAGCGAUUUGUAGAGGAAACUUUACUAGACGGGAAGUGAAAAGAUUAAAAGCCGCUAUCGUUAUACAGAAGUCUGUGAAAAUGUGGCGUUGUCGGCAAGAAUUUUUGAGGAGUAAAAAUUUAAUCACAAAACUACAAGCUAAAGUGCGAAGAGAUAUUGCGAAGAAACGAUACUUGGAGCUCGUCUGUGCUGCUGUUGUGAUUCAGCGAAGGUGGAAAGCUUAUAGACAAGGCGUCGUUGAAAGGAAGGCAUACCGUCAGCUUAAAACAAAUGCUGUUGUCAUCCAAUCAUAUUACAGGAAACAUGUUGCUCGCAAACAGUACCUUGCAAGGAAAAAAGCAGUGAUUUUAACCCAAGCGUGUGUUAGAGGUUUUAUAGUCCGAAAGGAAAUGAAGAGAAGAGAGAAUGCUUGUUGUGUAAUACAGAGAUAUUUCAGAGCAUAUCUGCUGAUGAAGAAAACUGCCGAAGACUAUAAAAAGAUGAAAAAAGCUGCAAUUUAUUUGCAAGCUUUGUGGCGAGGAAGAACAACUCGUUUGCAGUUCAAACAGCAAAAGGCAGCAAUUGUUUCAGCACAAGCCAGGAUUCGUGGGUGCCUUACGAGAAAACGAUAUUUACGAAGAAAAUCAGCAGUGAUUACGUUACAAGUCCGUUACCGUGCUAUGAAACAGAUGCGUAACCAGUGUCAGGCUUAUCUUACAACACGAAGCGCAAUUAUAACACUCCAGGCUGCACUACGAGGUCAUCGUGUAAGGCAAGAAUUGAAACGUAUGACUACAGCCGCUACUCGUAUCCAGGCCGCUUACCGGUGCUACUCCGCACGAGCGAGGCAUCUUCACUUAAAGCAUUGUGUGUUCAUAAUCCAGCAGCAGUAUCGAGCAUGGAGUCUAGGACGUCAAGUAGCAUUGGAGUAUAGGCGAACACGUGAUGCUGCUGUUGUGAUUCAGAAAUACACACGCGGAAUGGCUGUGCGGAAAGAAGUGAGUAGAAUGACUAUAGCUGCUACUCGUAUCCAGGCCGCUUACCGAUGCUACUCUGCACGAGCGAGGCAUCUUCACUUAAAGCAUUGUGUGUUCAUAGUCCAGCAGCAGUAUCGAGCAUGGAGUCUAGGACGUCAAGUAGCAUUGGAGUAUAGACGAACACGUGAUGCUGUCGUUGUGAUUCAGAAAUACGCACGUGGAAUGGCUGUGCGGAAAGAAGUGAGUAGAAUGACUGUAGCCGCUACUCGUAUCCAGGCCGCUUACCGAUGCUACUCCGCUCGAGCGAGGCAUCUUCACUUAAAGCAUUGUGUGUUCAUAAUCCAGCAGCACUAUCGAGCAUGGAGUCUAGGACGUCAAGUAGCAUUGGAGUAUAGGCGAACACGUGACGCUGCUGUUGUGAUUCAGAAAUACGCACGUGGAAUGGCUGUGCGGAAAGAAGUGAGUAGAAUGACUAUAGCUGCUACUCGUAUCCAGGCCGCUUACCGAUGCUACUCCGCACGAGCGAGGCAUCUUCACUUAAAGCAUUGUGUGUUCAUAGUCCAGCAGCAGUAUCGAGCAUGGAGUCUAGGACGUCAAGUAGCAUUGGAGUAUAGACGAACACGUGAUGCUGUCGUUGUGAUUCAGAAAUACGCACGUGGAAUGGCUGUGCGGAAAGAAGUGAGUAGAAUGACUGUAGCCGCUACUCGUAUCCAGGCCGCUUACCGAUGCUACUCCGCUCGAGCGAGGCAUCUUCACUUAAAGCAUUGUGUGUUCAUAAUCCAGCAGCACUAUCGAGCAUGGAGUCUAGGACGUCAAGUAGCAUUGGAGUAUAGGCGAACACGUGAUGCUGUCGUUGUGAUUCAGAAAUACGCACGUGGAAUGGCUGUGCGGAAAGAAGUGAGUAGAAUGACCCAAGCGGCUGUUAAAAUUCAAGCAAACGUCAAACGAUGCCGUCAACAGAAAGCAUAUUCAGCUUUACGUGUGGUUGCUCUAAACAUUCAGAAUCGAUUCCGAGCAACCCGCAUUUCACGGGCCACCCGCGAAGAUUACCUCCUGAAACGACAAUGUGUCAUCCGCCUGCAAAGUGCGCUCCGUCGAGCAAUAUGUGUCAAGCAAUACCAUCGGCAAAAACAAGCUGCUAUGGUGCUUCAAACGAGAUGGCGUGCAGUGCUGUGUUCCCGUAAGGCAAGGGAAGAGUAUCAUUGCAUACGAGGCAGUGUUAUCACCAUCCAGGCUUUCGCUAGAGGUUUUCGUGCACGUACGGAAGUGAAGAGGGAAAGAGCUGCAAUCAAGAUUCAAUCACGUUGGCGAGGUAUGGUCCAGAAGAAUUCUUAUCAGAAAACAAGGUGUGCUACUAUAAAACUACAAGCUCGCUUCCGUAUGUUGGUCUCAAAGAGAAAGUAUGAGAACUUGAAAAACACGGUUGUCCACCUCCAGAGGCUGGUACGAGCUAAUCAACUAUGCAGACGUCAGACAAAAAUCUACCAAACCACGCGUGAUGCCGUGAUCACACUACAAGCCGCUGUACGAGGUUAUCGCGUGCGCAAGGAAUUAGAGGUCAUGAAUAAAGCGGCAACUAGAAUCCAGGCCUCGUUCAGAAGAUAUUUCAUACGUCAGCAGUACUUGAAGAUCCAUCGGAGCGCCCUUGUGAUUCAACGGCAACGACGGGCUACGAUGCUGUGCCGACAAAUAAAGACCGAAUACCAGAGUCUAAGGUAUUCCGUCUUAUACUUGCAAUCGCAAGUUCGUGGUUUUAUAGCCAGGAAAUAUUUCCAAGAAUCGCGUAGGAGAAUUGUAUUACUCCAAUCAGCAGUUCGUAGAAUCCAAGCACGGAAUAACUAUUUACGAAAGCGUGAAGCUGCUUUGACUAUCCAGGAACACUAUCGAGCUUAUGCCCAAGGCUGUACUGUAAGAAAGCUGUAUCAUUUACAACGAGGUGCCUGUAUAACUGUUCAAGCCAAUAUCAGAGCGUGGAUCUGCCGGAGAAGAUACGAACAGUUACGCAAAGCUGCCAAAAUUAUUCAAGUUCACUACAGAGCAACGGUUUGCGCUAAAGAGCAACGUCAUGAGUAUCUUGAGAUACAUAGAGCUGUGGUCACUAUUCAGUCUUUCACACGUGGUUGGUUCGCCCGUCGCGAAGUGUGGGAAUACCGUGCGGCAACCUGUAUUCAAAGUUGGUGGAGGAUGUGUGUGGCUCGUGAGAGGUAUACGCAUCAAAGACGGUGUAUUAUACGAUUACAGAGUCUCGUAUGUAUGUGGGCUUGUCGGCGGAGAUAUCUGGUUCUUCAAGAAGCUGCAGUCAGAGUUCAAACGCGGUUCAGAGCAAACGUGUUGUGUAGGAAAGAGAGAGAUUUGUUUUUGGAAAUGAAAGGUUCUUGCUUCAUGAUUCAACAUUGCUAUCGCUUCUAUCGUCAACGUCGGCUGGUUAGGAAAAUGCUUGAGAGUGUUUCCACUUUAAGAAAUGCUGCUCUACUUCUUCAACGGCGCUUCCGUACAAACCAGUUGGCAGAAUCAAUCCGACAACAGUACCUCAAUCUCAAAAGUUCAACAAUCCUCCUACAAGCCGCCUACCGCGGUUACCAAGCUCGGGUGCAAGUCGCUAGACUUCGUGCCGCAAUCGUAAUCCAAUCGUACUAUCGUGGCUACCAACGACGCUCUGAGUAUGCGUCACUGAAAGUCGUUACAAUCAAAAUGCAAGCUUUAACACGCGGGAAACAAACGUGCCAUAAAUAUAAGAAACUUCGUGCAGCAGCAGUGGUCGUACAAAGACGCCAACGAGCUUGCACGCAAGGACUCUUACAAAGGAGGAUUUUCUUGACACAAAAGAGCAGUGCGGUGGUAAUUCAAAGCUUUUACCGAGGUUAUACGGAAAGGACUCGAUACCAAAAACUUAGGCAGGCUGUAAUAAAAGUCCAGAGUUUAGUACGCGGAAACAUUGCACGUAAAGCAUACCUACAACUCCGUAAAGCUGCCAUAGUAAUACAAACUAGAGAAAGAGCUAGAACACUAGGUUUGAUUCAAAGAAGUUCAUUCUUGGUGCUAAAGAAGUACACUGUUUUGCUUCACAGUCGAUUCCGUGGUAAGCGUGAAAGGACACGUUUCUUGGAAAAGAAGAAUGCUGUCGUUCAACUCCAAGCGUUAGCACGAGGCAAACGUGAACGAAUAGCGUUUGCAAGAACACGAAAGGCUGCCAUUAUCUUACAGUGUAGAGAAAGGGCACGCAUUAUUGGGAAAAUACAACGAGGAACAUUCCUUAAACAACGAAGGGGUAUAGUACUAAUACAGAGCAUUGUUCGAAGUCAGCAGCAACGGACACGUUAUUUAGAACUCCGACACGCAGUUAUCACUAUGCAAGCUCACGUUCGUGGAAAAGCAACACGAAACCAUUUCGAAAAGUUGCGUGCAGCUGCAAUCGUUUUACAACGAAGAGAACGAGCACGGGUUAUAGGAAAACAGAAACGGGGAGAAUAUCUUCAGAAACGAAAGAGUGUCAUUUUUAUUCAAAGCUUGGUUAGAGGACACCAACAACGAACACGUUACUGCAAACUUCGGCACGCAACCAUCGUAAUUCAAGCGCGUAUUCGACAAAAACACGCACGAGAUUCAUACCAGAGCAUGCGCGCGGCUGCUAUUAUUAUCCAACGUAGAGAAAGAGGGAGAGUUUUGGGAAAGCUUCAAAGAGAGGAGUUCCACCAACAACGAAGAAGUGCUGUACUGAUUCAGAGUGUAACACGAAGUUACCAACAACGAACACGGUAUCUUCAACUAAAACACGCAGCUACCAUAGUUCAAGCGCACGUUCGUGGAAAACGCGCGUAUUAUGCGUAUGAGAAACUGCGCAAGGCUACUGUUGUCAUCCAGCGGCGGGAAAGAGCGAGAAUGCUCGGGAUGAUAGAAAGAGAGUUGUUCUUAACCAAGAGAAGAUGUGCUAUCUUGAUUCAAAGUUGGGUGCGAGGUACUCGAGAAAGACGGGAAUAUCGACGACUCAGGAGUGCGACUACGACAAUACAAGCUUUCGUAAGAGGGUAUCAACAGAGAAAGAAAUAUAGUGAGAUGAAGUUGGCGGCUCUUUGUAUUCAGAGACGCUAUCGUGCUUACACAUUGGGAAGAGAAGUACUCUGCCGUUAUCAUGUGAUAAAGAAUGCCAUAGUUAUCAUUCAGGUAAGGCCAUUUUAAAUUAUAAUAUACAAUAUAAAAUAAGAAGAAAAAAAAGAAACAGGUUUGGAGGAUGUCUCAAUAUUGGAUAUCCACCACUGUAAAUCAGCAAGAGCAUCUUGUGAUAGGGUUAUAUUUGCUGGAUAAUUACCUUUUUGCAGUUUAAGAGCUUGGGUUUUAUAUAACCAAACAUUAUGUGGGAGGUAGCCUGCGUGUGGAGGUGGAAGUAUAAGUUCUUGUCUUUUUCUUGUAAUAAUUACGAGUUCGUUGAAAGGUGUCGAGAAGCACAACAUAUUUUGUGCAUAAAAAGUAUUGCAAACUGGACUAGACAAUUUGAAUAAUUGGCUAUUUAAACACUAUAUGUAUUUUUGAAAAUCUUGAACUGAUGCUGGUAGAGACAUGAAUCUACUUUGUAUGCACCCACCUUGUCAACAUUCUCUGUGGAGUAGCCCCUGGGAGAAAACAUAACACAUUCGUUCUAGACUAUAGAGUGCUGAGUGGCCAUCUCUCAGAGGCUGGUUGUAUAAAACUCUUCACUACUUUUUAACUAUCCGUUUUGUAGUUAAAUAGUUGUUACUCUGUAACUUUAACCACGUAGUUAAGUCGGUUGUGAUUUGCAUAAAAAUGUAGUUGGCGUAAACUGCAGUUAAAAGGUAGUUAAAGGUUACUACAGUAUGCCCAACUUGGGCAUAGCCCAAGCGUAUCGUUAACUUCUUAAAACGUAGUUGAAAACGCCACUUCAGUUUGGAGUGAACAAUAUUUGCACGAAGACAAUAAUGAAAAGCAACGCUUACCUGGGAUUUUCUAUCGCUAUCUUCCCUGUGAAAGUUUCCUGACAGUUAUAAACUCUUCAAACGCUAUCGCUUUGGUUAUUUGGCGAAAACAGAAUAUAUUUUUGCACAGGAUUUCAGAUCUUUCGAAGACGAAGUAGGACCCAUUACACGAAGAAACACAGAUGUAUAUUUGCCAAACAGCUACACUUUGGUUCAGACAUCUCACAGAAAAACUGCCUUCGUCUUUGAAUUUAUGAUUUCUUGUCUAUCCUUCAAUAUUUUGAAUCAAAUUCCCGCCUAUUUGCAAAAUGCGAGUCCACAAUCACGUUCAAAAUGCUUGUCAGCGGUUGUUAAUCAGCAUUUACUUUGUGUAAUAUUGUGUCUAAGCACUCCAUGCGAGCCCUACGUGAUUAGUUAACGAUCCGACUAACUACGUUUUUUAUUAACUACGAUAGUAAGCGCUAACUAUAUAGGUAACUUUAACCACGUUUUUAUAUACAACCAGCCCCAGAGCCUUUUGCAUGUUGCAUCUAUUUUUAAAAUACUUCAGAAGUCUUGAACAAACUCUAAAUUACUUAUUUCAGAGCCACUUCCGAGGGCACAGCGCCAGACAGUUUGUAAAACGUAUUCAAGCCAGCAUAAUUAUUCAAGCAGCUUAUAGACGCUAUACCGCAAGACGUCGGUAUCUCAGCCUUCGUAAAGCUACAGUUUAUGUUCAAUCUCUUCAACGUAUGAAAUGGGAACAGAGGCAGUAUAGAGAACUCAGAAAUACCACCAUUACGCUACAGAGAAGAGCAAAAGCUAAUCAACUUGGUCGAGAAGCGAAAGCUGAAUACUUUGAAACACGUCAAAAGAUUAUUCAUCUUCAAGCAUUAUGGCGUGGGUUAAAAGCGCGGGAAAAUGUCCGACGAAUUAAAUCGGCUCGAGUUAUUCAGAGACGGUAUCGCGCAUGCUUAGAAGGUCACCGUGUCCGUGCUCAGUUUGUACUCAUAAGGAAAGCAGUGAUUACUAUGCAGGCUUGUUACCGUGGAAACGUAGCACGACAGCAGUUCAAGCGGGAACGAGCAGCUCGAACUAUCCAGGCUUAUGUGAGAGGUUGCCAAGCAAGAGUGUUGGUCAAGGUUGGUUAUAUGGUUCAUCGUACAACUUGAUUAUGUAGUUGCACCCCUUCCCUCACCCUCUAAAGCUAUGUAUAGAAGUUUGGCUAUCCAGUAACAGGAAACUGACAAGUUAUGUAAACCUGCAGCAUAGUCUAUUAAGAUAUGAUGGUCUGAAAACUAAACAGAAAUGUUUGUUAUAUGUUUUUGUCUGCGUUUAUGUUAAUUUGUGCACGGUCACGGUGAUUGAGCUCAUUGUUUUUUUGCAUAAUUAAGUAACCGUCCAAUAAGGAUAGAUGAGAUGAAACGUGCAGCCACGAUAAUAUUUAAUGAAGUUGAGACAAAGGAUUUUGUGCACAGUGAGGUACAAGUUCACAUCAAACAAAGGUCUUCUAUUUUGUAGCCGCGAUUCCAGACUAUCAUAUCUUAAUAGACUAUGCCUGCAGGAUUUUGGGGGGCGGUUGUAUAAAACUCUUGAUUAACUACGUUUCGUACUUAAAUAAUAACUCUAAAAUAUGCGAUUCUGAUUGGUUAACUUUUCCGCAAACUACAAUUACGUUUAACUACUUUUUUAUACAACCGUCCCCAGACAUACAAACUCCUUCAAGGUCAUGGUUUUCUUUGUGUUUUUACCCUAAAAUAUUAAUAAAAUUACAAUUGACUUUUUCAUCUUAUAUUCUUAGAAAUUACAAGCAGAGAAAGCGGCCAGAUUGUUACGAUUCUCGGCAGCGACUUAUGUUAACCUGAUGGUCGUACGUCUACAACGUUCAUAUCGUAAAGCAAGAGCAAUCGCGUUGUUCAAAGCUAAAAUGGAUCGACUCAUAUUUCUACAGGUACUCCACUAGUGUUACGUUAAUUUACAUGUUUUAUACCCAAGGGUCAAUUAAGUUCUAAUAGUAUGGAAAUUGCAAUUGGUAUGAAAAUAACAUUAUAAUAGAACAGAGUAGUAAUAAUAUUUACAACAAUAACAAAAUUUAAACAAGGACAAGUCAAGGAAGAGCUAGAUGCAGGCAAGAUUCCAAGAUUAAAUGCUGGAUUAGAUAGAAGUGAUGGCUUAUCCGAACCUUAACUACAUUCAAAUUCUGCUUUACUGGAGCACUUGCUUUUAGCCACCAUGCUGGUGUACAGAAUUGCACUGAAUUCGCAUUGAAAACUAUUUGUUUGCUCAAAAUAUAUUUAUUUGAUUGACUUCUAGCGAUGGUGGCGAGCUAAACUGCAACGAUUAUCCUACCUGAGAACACGACAUCUUGUCUGCCUCGUCCAGCGGCAAUGGCGUGCACGUCUUGCUGUAAAGCACCAAUCAGCGGCCAAGAUUCAAGCUGUGGUACGAUCGUUUCUCGCCAAACGAACUGCGGAAAGACGAAAAGAAGCAAUUCUUAUUAUACAGGUUUGUUUGAGCUGGUGGUACAUUUGAUAGCGCAUGCAUUUUUCAUUUUCUCUGAGUAUUCGAGAUUCCUUUUGUAAUAACACUAGAUCAAUAUAAGGUGCUCUAGAGAAAACAGUUUUGAAAUAACUGAGAGCUAUCCAGUAGAAAUAAAGUUGGUUCACUUUAGGUUUCCUCCUGUAAUUCUUGGUUUGCAAUCACGUGACUUUUCAUCCAAAUGACGGGCAAUCAAACAACUUGUGGAUGAUUUUUCUCCAGUCAGAAUGGUUGUAGCAAGAAAAACGGAACGAUAAUUCAUCUUUUGAGUCUUACGCCUGCAUUCUAAAAGUUCAAUCACGCUCACACUCAAAGAGUGGAGGUUCAAUCUGAGCUUGCUUGAGUGUCAGUACAGUUUUUGAAUAGCUGGAGGGCGAGUAGAUAUGGUAAGCUAUGACACUAACCCUCCAGCUAUUCAAAAACUGCACUGACACUCAAGGCAAGCUCAGAUUGAACCUCCACUCUUUGAGUGUGAGCAAGCUUUUAGAAUACAGGCGUUAAUUAAACUAACGAUAUAAACUCGAUCAAUAUAAAAUAACUGUUUUUUGUUAUACCUGCCCGUCAACUGAAAUCCUAAAAUUACAUCAUUGCAAACAAAGACCCUUUACUGGACCUCUAUAGGCAGAAUAGUUUUGAACUGAUAGAGAUAUCCAAUCUUAUUGAAAUUACUUUUGGUGACAUCUCACCCUGACUUGCAUCUACAAAUACUAACUAAAACUGUGUAUUUUCCGUUUUUCAAAACAGUGUGCUUGGCGAGGUUACAGCGUAAGAAAACGUUUCAAUACGGCUAAAUUCAAAAAAGUGAGGCAGCGAAUAUUAGUGGCCAAUUCCAACGUUACCGAACCUAUGAAGCUUUGUAAUCGUACAAGAUCCGCUUUGGACUAUCUUUUGAAAUGUAAAAACCUUACUACCGUCCGCGAAGCAUUUGUUCAUCUUGGUAAGAGAUGCAUUUUGUUGUUUACGUCCAUACGAUGGACAUUGAGCACGAAUUUUUUUGUCUUAAUAUAAUAUAUUAAGACAAAAUUCCUUAAAUAUUUCAUUUCUUCUCCUUCACAGAGGUCGCAACCCGGCUAUCUCACAAAUGUACUGAACAGCUCGUGCUGGACAAUGCACUCUGCGUGAUUUUCAAAGUCGUUCGAGAGUCAAACCGCAGUCUGGCACAUAUGGGUCUGAUAAAGCUUGCGCUGGAUAUCUUUGUUAAUGUAUCCAAGG